AUGCGCCGCUACCGCUAUUUGGGGACAGCGUCGGUGGGGAUAAGGAAAGAAGUAUUCGACGAGAGACCGGAAACAACAAAGAAGAAAGCAGCGCAAGCACUACACCUGGUGGUGCGGUACUGCCUCGGAGAAGACUUCAAGGCCGUGCGUACGCUCCUGCUGGUGCAUCACAUAGCUGAUGAAGGCGAUUCUCGACUUAGUUGUGUUAUAGCCGUAUUAACAGAACACCACCAUAUUGUUCUCUACGCUUGUCGCGUCUCCAUAGUAGCGUAG